CACUUCAAUCCAUUGUUCGUCGUCCGAUGAUUAACUUAAUACGAUUUAAUUUUAAUUACUGAUGAAGCGUGUGUCGUAUUGUAAGCCCAGAAACCCCAGUGGGACAUUUUAAAAUUCACCAGACACUUCCUAGAUAAGUAGAAAGCCUAGCUUCUAAUUGAAGCCCUGGGAGAUUUCCACCUAGUUGCUCCGACUGUACUACAGUACUGCACGUCGACCGCCGCAGCUCUUUCACAGUGCGCUGGUCCCGGUGUACUAAUCUCGAUCGCUGAUUCGAUUAAUCCAUAAUUUGACCACAAAGAGCAGAGCCCGCCCCAGCCUAUAAGUUACACUCAUCACGGUCCAUUUCCAAAUUCAUCAAUUUCAGCCGAGUCUUGCCGCAGCAGUUGGAACGUACCUUAGAAAAUCGCCGACAUGAUGGACGACUGGCGCCGUAGGAUGCCUUCUCCACACUUGACGGCCACCAUGCCACAUUUCCACGGGCUUGAUUUUGGACGUACGAUGCCGCUUCGACAUCCGCCGGCAACAGCACACGGUAGAGGUGCCUUUGACACUUCGCCUCAAAGCUUCAUUCCGUUUUCUCAUCCACUGGCUCCUAUACCAAUACCAAUGGCAAGCAGAGAGCUCCCGAUCUCGCCAUCAAGCUCACUUGCCUCCCCACAGUUACCGGCUUCUUCCACUGAUAGCUCAAGGCAGCAGAACUUGGAGAAGAAACGUUGGCAAACUGCUAAUUUUCGAUGGAUGUUUACGAAAAGAAAAGCUGCUGUAACAAAUGUCUCAGAAAAAGAGGAAGCAAGCUCUGACAAGAAGCAAGAAACGGCAGCAAGUCAAAAGAAAAGGUUCACCUUCACACAAAGACAGCUGGUUGAAUUGGAGAAGGAGUUCCACUUUAGCAAAUAUCUAACAAGGACAAGGCGAAUUGAAAUAGCAUCCAACUUGGAACUUACAGAAACACAGAUUAAAAUAUGGUUUCAAAAUCGACGAAUGAAGUGGAAAAGAGAACUUAAAGAGUCUAUUCGAAAACAAGGAGUGAAUGAGUCACCUGCAGCUCAAUUCAAUCAUGGAUUCCACCAAGGUUUCCAAAGGUCCCUUCGAGAUACUGUUCCUUCCUACCAACAAAGUGUUCCAGAAAUUUUUGUCCAACAUGCCACACCUCCAUAUUUUCCAAACUAUCUAUCGCUUUAAUCUUUAAAUAUCAGAACUCUAAAUGUAUUUAAGUCGAAAAACCAUAUAAGUUAACACAAAGAUAUAGUCCAAAUCAAAAAUAUCGACAUUAGAUAACUAUCGAUGUUAGGUUUAACUGUGCAAAUAUCACAAAGAAUACAGUCUGAUAUUGUUCUUUUUGGACUAUUCCCACAGACUAAAUAAUCGGAGUUUCCACAGCUAGAGCAGCAAAAGUGUCACCUUAAUUGGAGUGCAUUUUAAGAUGAAGUGAGCAUCUGAUAAAAUCUUAUCAAAACAAAACAUACAAAGGACAGAACAAAACCAAAGGGAUUAGAAAGGAAAUAGCACUUAAAAGAAAAAACUACCAAGUACAAAAACUGCGCCUUUACAAAGAAAAUCUAUACCUUUGGU